CGAACGGCUUUCGAAGCAGCCGACUUUGGCACACUCAGCUGACUAGAAAUGGGAGUGCAGCAAAAUUCGUAUGAUGCACAUAUGCGUGCGCAGCAUAGCGUAGGAGAGCCUUUGGAAUGUGAAAUUUGCUCGAAAACGUUCAAACAACUGAGCGGCUACAGGAAGCAUAUAACGCUAUUUCACAAAAACGAACGGAACUUUGGCUGUACGGUUCCGAUGCCUGCUCCGGUUCGAGUCGGUGCAGAUCACGUAAGGUACAUUGUCAUCGGUUGGAAUCUAAAGCAUCCAAAGGAAGGUGUAAUUGAAGAUCGUAGACAAACCAACGUGCAAAACAAACCUGUAUACUGGUAA